CCAGUCACACAAAGUCUGAAACUGGAACUUGAAUUCGUAUUCUCUAUUUGACUAAUAUGAAGCAUUUUAUAUAGAUCUGUGUUCGUACGGAAUGAUGUCAGACAAGGGCAAAAUCAUCAAAUUAAACCUGCAGAAAAUGUAUCCCUGCCAUAACAUUUACAUAGAAUGAACAUAAAACUUUGAAUUGAAAACUUGAUGCCAUUAAAUAUUUCCAAGAAACUGUGAAAAUCACCAUGAGUGAAGUAGAAGUUGUGUACGAUAUGUCAUAAAGCAAAGAUGUAAAUCUAGUUUAAAGUGAAGGUCUGGUAACACAUGUACAAUAUUCCAGCCAUGUUAAUUAUCCAAUCAAAAUUAUGCACAGUCAUGAAUGAUCAGGACUCAUCAACUAUACCCAAAGAGAUUUUACCAGCGUGCUUUUAACAGCAGAAGCCAUUAGAAGUGGAAGGCUAGCCUAGAUAAACGCCAAAGCCCCUUUGAUGAGGGAUUCAUCAUUAUACAUUAAACAUCAGAUAACUGACAUUAGAUGCUUUCCAGAUAGUGCAUCCCACAAAUUAUGUCCAAGCAACAUUUUGUUAGAGAGUCUAUGGCUUUGAUUUGGUUAAGUUGCAUUUUAUUAUAUUGUAAAGGGAGGAUUGUAAAAAAAAGAAGUGCUGAUAUUUAAUUGUGCUGCGUGAUUGCACAUGCUACAUGUGUUUGCAAACAAUGUAUGUUCUAUACCUUAAUAAACACAUUCAGGAUUCCUUCUAACAUAUUGAAUGUAUUUUGAGGCUUUUGAAUUUUUUAGCUCAUCAAAGCUGAAAGAACAUUAGGGUUUAAAGUUAAAUUCUUUUAACGUAUACCACAGGGGUACAGGUUUGUCCUAUCAGUAUGCAGGCAUCCUUAUGUAGUAUAGAUAAUUCAAUGGUGACAGAGUACUAUACAGAUUAACAUUUACCAUAAUGGUUACUUUAAUUGAAUAAAGUAUCAUUGGGGGAGGGGGGAGGAUGGGGUGUAUUAUUAGUGGUAGUAAUAGACUUCUCUCAUCCAUGGCUGUGUUCUCAUCCAGUCGUGCUGAAACUUAAAAAGCUUAAUACAUAAAGAAGAGUAAAAUUCACACCGGAGAGGGAGCCUGGGCAUCAAAUAAGUUGUGUGUUUAGCAUUCAGUGUUUGGAGUCUGUAUUUCUUGUGCUGUUCAUUGAUUCUCAGGAUGCUGAACUUCUAACAAGAUCCGACGAAGUGAAAACAGAUAUUAUUUGUAUUGAUCCAGAUUGUCAAAAUUAGUGGGGCUCAUAUUAUUACAAGAUAUUUGGCAAGUUUUUGAGAGGAAUCCAAGGGAAAAAAUUAUGUCUUUUUUUACACAAUUGCUUACCCUGUGAGAUUUAUAUCACUUGAGCAGUAAUGAGAUGUCGCUGGCAUUAAAUGAAAUAUCCAAAGGCAGGCGGUGAACAUUCACUAAUUCCACCAGCAGACAGAUAAGUGUAUCGCUCUUUUAAUUGCAUGAAAGAAAAAAAGCGAAUGAUUUCAUUACCUGUAGUUAAUAAUCACAUCGUACCUCAUUAGAACUGUUUCCCUAACACUAUGGGGUGAUGAGGAUUUCCUUCUUGACAUUGCUAAACCUUAUAUUAAUUUGAUAAGUGGGAAUGUAUUGGAUAUGAUCUAUAUGAAGGUGCAGAUCUAUCCAUUGAUUUGUAGGAAUACGUGAAUCUUAACAGCUCCAAUGUCAUGAGAUGAAUUUGUCUUUGGAGAAAAAAACGUGCAUAUCAAAUAAUGAUUCCUGUGUUUACAGCAGACACUAGCAUGUAUUUUUGUAACACUCAUGGGGGAUAUAUUGGUAUCAUUUAAGACCAGAUAAAGCUGAUGUUGACAUGGGGAUAGAUUAAAUGGACUCUUAUUUCCUGUUAUCAGCUUCAUAAUAAAGCUUGCUAACAAACCUCAAAUUACAGAGGUAAAACCUCUCCUUCACAGAAAACACUGAGAAAUGACGAAAAGGCGGAGAAAGAGGAUGUCAUUUUACUGGCUAGGGCAAUGUUCGACUUAAUGUUUCUAAGUGCUAGGGAAUUUCACGCUUGAGUGACAGGAUGUGUUGUAAUGUUGAGAGCCAUGGGUCACACAUCUGAAUGAUAAAACUCCUUGAGAUGUUAUUGAGCAAUGCUUGGUGUGUAUUAAUCGGCCAAGGUGCAGUUCAAUCUUAAUGCAUAUUGUGACUGGUCACUCAGUGGUUUAAGUGAUCUAAGACAUUUCUCUGUGGAUUAGACAUAGGAGCAAUUUACCUAAGACAAGAUGUCAUCUUCAGAAGAAGACAAUGUACUGUCGUCUGCGACAGCCAUCAUGAUGAGGCAUGAUCAUAAGGAUAAAUGGUACAAGAAAGUGAGUUCUCAUGUCAAAGGAGCCUUCACCAACAGAAGAAGAAUGAAACGGUUCACAAAGUCUACCGAGAAUCUCAGCAAAAUUCUCACCACCAACACAAGGAGAAGGGACUUAACUGGUUCUCUGUUAAGUUUACCAGGUCUACGCAAAACAGAAUGGUCUGACACGGAGUCUAGCUCUGAUGUGGACUCGUUAAGAGAGUGUGGGAGUGGACAUAGAACUAGCGGGGAUAGCAGAUACAGUGAUAGAAUCACGGAACAUGACUCGGUGUCCCAGGUAGAUAUCCAGGUGACUCCAGCUGCAGACCUGGGUGCCCAUCACGUGGACCCGUGUUUUGACACCCACCAUCACCACUGUUCCAGUCACAGUCUGUGUGUCCCCCAUGAUGACUCCGAUGCUUCCGAUAUUUCAGAUGUGGAAAACUCGUCUCGAUGUGGGUCACUUUGUGACACGAUGUCAAUGUCAAGUGUAGACUCUCUGUUGCAGGACACCAGCAUAAGACAACGCAAACAUGAGUUGAUGCAGCAUUCCUUUUUCCAUUUGGAUGUGUGGCUGAAGGAAGGAAAAGAUCUGGUUAUCAGAGAUAGCAGUGGUACCAGUGAUCCCUAUGUCAAAUUUAAAAUUGGCAGCAAACAAUUUUAUAAAAGUAGAACUGUAUACAAGAACCUAAAUCCAAAAUGGGAUGAAAAGUUUACGAUUCCUAUCGAGGAUGCGUUUAAACCAGUGUCAGUGAAAUGUUACGACUAUGACCGCGGAGUCUCAGAUGAUCGCAUGGGAUCAGCAGAAAUCGACCUCUCCACAUUCGAUUUAAAUACACCAACAGAACUGAAGCUAGAGCUGAAAGAGAAGAAAGACGAGGAGUACAUGGGGUACAUUCUGUUACAGUGUACACUGAUCCCCAAGUCGGGGGAAGAGAAAGAGUUUUUACUUAGUAACAUGAUUUCAAAAGAUCAAUUUCAUCAAACCAGGGGAUCAACAUUAAAGAAAUCAGCAGGAAGUCUGGAAUCUCAGGCGAGGAAACUAAAGAUGCAGAUCUGGAGCGGAAUCGUCAAUAUCGUGCUAGUGGAGGGUCAGAAUCUCAUGGCUAUGGACGACAAUGGGUUGAGUGACCCUUACGUCAAAUUCAGACUCGGACAGGAGAAAUACAAGAGUAAACACAAGUUCAAGACUUUAAAUCCCCGGUGGUUGGAACAGUUCAGUCUUCGAAUUUUUGAUGACCAGUCUAGGACUUUAGACAUCAGUGUAUAUGAUCAUGACUUGAGAUCUGAUGAUUUUAUGGGCAGAGCAACGAUUGAUCUUUCAGGGAUAGAAAAAGAGAAGACUCACACGAUUGUAAAAGAGCUGGAGGAUGGAGCUGGCACAAUCAAGCUGUUGCUGACCAUCAGUGGGACACAGGGUGCGGAAACCAUCACAGAUCUCAUCAAUUACACUACUAACACCAAGGAAAGAGACGACUUAUACCGUAGCUAUGGUGUUGUCAACUCAUUUAAAAACUUGAAAGACAUUGGAUGGCUUCAAGUUAAAGUGAUCAAAGCUCAAGGUUUAAUGGCUGCUGAUAUUGGAGGGAAGAGUGACCCGUUCUGUGUGUUAGAACUGGUCAAUGCUCGCCUCCAGACCCAGACGGAGUACAAAACUCUCAAUCCGGACUGGAACAAGGUCUUCACUUUUAAUGUGAAGGAUAUCCAUUCAGUGUUGGAGGUGACUGUGUAUGAUGAAGACAGAGAUAAGAAAUCGGAAUUUCUCGGAAAAGUAGCCAUUCCAAUUCUUCUGAUGAAGAGAGGCAUCAGACGAUGGUAUGCUUUGAAGGACAAGAAACUGAUGGGAAGGGCUAAAGGGGCCGUUUUAUUGGAGAUGGAUUUUGUUUACAACCCGGUAAAAGCAGCCAUUCGCACAGUCAAUCCCAGGGAAGAAAAGUAUAUGCAACCUGAACCGAAGUUCAAAAUUUCGCUGAUGAAAAGGAACAUUAACAGAGUUACACAAAUUGUUUCCUCCGUUAUGGAGGUCGGUAAAUUCCUGCAGAGCUGUUUUGAAUGGGAAUCCAAGGCUAGGAGUAUUACUGCCUUCACAGUAUUCCUUAUCAUCACCUGGUUUUUCGAGCCUUAUAUGUUACCUGUGACGUUACUCAUUCUGUUUCUGAAAAAUUAUCUUAUCAAGUCAGCAAAAGAAGCAUUCUCUGUAGAAAGCAAGGAGGAAGUGGUGAAUGUCGAUGAUGAUGAUGAUGAUGAAGAAGACGAGGCAUCUAAGGAUGAGAAAAAGAGUGUAAGAGAAAAAUUCCAAGCAGCGCAAGAAGUUUGUUUACAAGUCCAGCAGGGUAUGGAUAUGGUGGCGUCUCUGGGAGAGAGAGUCAAAAAUACGUUUAAUUGGACCGUGCCUUGGCUGUCCAUGUUAGCUGUAAUUGUACUCACUAUUGGUGUAUUGGUUCUCUAUCACAUUCCAAUCCGGGUGCUCAUCUUAUUAUGGGGCAUCAACAAAUUUACGAAGAAACUGAGAGCUCCAAAUGCAAUACCCAACAAUGAACUGCUUGAUUUCUUGUCCCGUGUGCCUUCAGACAGCGAACUGAUUCAAUUCAGAGAAUUCACUCCAGAUGUUGCCAAUUUAGGGAAAAAGAAAAGGGCUUGAACUAUGGAAGUUUGUAGAAAACUGGACAUGUUGCAUUUUACAUCAUAUUUAUCUUUGCUCAGAAGUGUGCUUUGAUACUAGGAUGAAUAUUCCAAUUGUGGAACUCUUCUGUGUAAUUUGUGGAUCAAAGAUGUGUUGAUCAUGUUACAUCAUACAUAAUGUGUUUGUAUCAAUAUAGGUGUGUGUUAUUUAUUAUUUUUUCUUUGAGAUUUUCAAGUAUUCAUCGAGUAUUUAAAUAUUUUUUUUCUAUUAAUGGAAGGUAUAUCAAAAUAUUUAAAUGUUUAAAUCAAUUAAGAGACAGGGUAAUUCUUACAAUAUUGGUAUUCUGUGUACGAAAGAUGAGUGUACUGAAGAUACUGUAUAUUCAAGAAAAAAUUUUGAAAAUAGAGGGCACGACUUACUCGAGUUAGUUUACAAUGCAGUUUAAUUAAAAAGUAAAUCAAAGUUUAAUUUUAUAAAUAAUUUCAAAAGAUCUAAAGCAUAAAAACAUUCCCAGGGUCCAUGAAAUCUGAGAUAAACUUUCAUGGACAUUUCCAUAAAUCAAAGAUAUUUACAGAGAUGUUUUUGUCAUGGAGUGUAGAAUCUUUAUGAAGUUAUAGAAAUCAAAAGAGCAUUUCAACAUUGUAUCUACUUGGUAAUACUAUGGUGCAAAAUAGUUUAUAAAAAUCUGCUAUGCCCCAUUUAUUUGCCUGUCUUCUAGUCCUAUAAAUAGUUUAUGUACAGUGUGGAAUGUGUGAAUUACAACAGUACAUAUGUAAAGUUUGGGAAACAUUUAGAUAUUUUUCUGUGUGCCUUAUUGGACUGUGAAUAACUACGGGAAAACUGAUGAUGCCCUGUUGAUGCUAUAGAAUUAUUGUGUUCUCAAUAUGUGAAAAGUGUUCAGUCACAUUCAUUGGAAUGAAAAUUGAGUAUGUACUGUAAUGUAUUGCUAUUUGAAGACUUCACGUGGCACAUGUUCACUUAGUGUGUUUGUAUGCAUGAUCCUACUAUGCUGAAAAAAUAAUGAAAAAACAAUUACAGUAACAUCAUUUUACAGUAGCAUUGGAGACUAAUCUCCAGUUAAAAACAGACCAUAUUGUUAUGGUAAAAUGUAUUUGCAUAAUAUUUUUAAUGAUGUAUGUUUAUUUUUUUGUUGAUUUUUUUGAUAUUUUAAAAGUACAUGUAUUGCGAUUUAUUUUAGGGGAAUGGUUAUACAUUGAAUUUUUUAUUUUAUAGGUUCUCAUAUGUACCAGACUUUGGUUAAUAUUUCAUCUUUGAUGGGCUCUAUACCACAAGAAUAAGAUCUCUUAUUAUUUUUAAAGAUUUGAACAAGGAUGACUACUUUGUAAUUAAUAGCUCACUCCAACAAGAAAGGGCAGAGAGGGGAGUACACCUAUUUAUAUUUAAACCACAGACGAUGUCAUUUGGAGGCAAAUAGAAUAAUAUCCCUAGUACUUGUUACAGGCUGGAAAAAAACCAACAGACUGCCUCAGCAUAUCCAUCAUUUGAAAUGAAAUUCCCAAUGAUCAAAGCAGGCCCAUAAAGUUAGGAAUUUCUGAAAGCUUAUCCUUCCGAAAUGAAAUUCUCAACCACCAAAGCAGGCCCAAAAAUUUUGGAAUUUCUGUAGGUGAGGUUAGCCAUCAGGAAUCACACCUGAGGAGUUCCUGGACUGAUCUAACUGUCCUUUAAGUUUCCAGGCACUUUGAAUUCUAUUGAUAUGUUUCGUAUGCAGCAUCAAAAAGACUUCAUUUAGUACAUGUAUAUUAUAAUUAGACAAAGAUUUUGAUAGUGUCUAAUUUAAUUUCGGUGUUAAAAACUCUUGAGUUUGAUAUUACAUGUUCUAAAGGAAGGUUUCUUAACCCCUGGGGUAGGGGUAAUGGUGCGAGGAGUAGUGCUUCUGUUGGUCUAAUCUUCUUACACACACACACACACACACAUUCAUAUGACGUAGAUCAGGAAUGUGAAUGACAACAGUAAGCAAAAACUCUGAAUGAUUUGUUGUCAAGGUAAACCAACCAUUUUUUUUAUGCAAAUUGUCAUCCUUACUGUUUAUAUUGAACAUUACAGUCUGUCAUCUACAUUUUUUGUCAGUAACCUCAGUGAAAAAAAAUCAAAACUUUGAAGUAUUUAGCAAUAUUUUUCAUUCCAUUUAAAGUGCAAUGAUUUUUUAUCUACCUCGGAUAAACCGUUUUAGAACAAAGAGAAUUCUUUUUUGUCAGAGCAACUUUGCGAAGGACGAUAUUAUUUUUGGGGUAAGGAGAGUUGUGUAAUAUUGAAACGGAUGUUGAAUUGUGAUUUCAUUUGUACUUUUUCUGUUGAGUUUGGUUCUACAAAUUGACUGAUUUUUUUCUCUAGUGAGAAUGGUUCUACAAAAUGAAUAUGGACUUUUACUCCGAAUAUGUGUCAGGUGAAUAAACAUAACCUGCAUUGUCAUCUACACAACAUUCCUAUUGUUUAUUCCGUCCUAUCCAUCCUUUUGUGUUUUUUCCAUCAUCAAUAGAACACACUCCUCUAUGCUGAUCAGAACACAGCAUUGAGGGACAAUAGUGUGAACACACCCCUCUCUGCUGAUCAGAACACAGCAUUGAGGGACGAUCGUGUAGAUGUCUAAUAUUUCUUGUUUUCUCCCCAAUAAUUUUAAGAAAACUUUAAUUCCAUUUGUUUGUCUCUCCUGUAAGUUCAAUUUAUUGUUAUGUUGGAGUUGAUAUUUGCAAUUACCAAUAUUUGUUAUUUAUUUACAAAUAAAUUCUGAAGAAAU